GCAAAGGCACUGGAGGACUUUGCACGUCAGGAAACCGACGAGUUGGGUUUUCUCCGCAACGACAUAAUUACUGUGCUCGAUAUGCAUGAUGAACACUGCUGGCUGGGAGAGCUGAACGGCCUACGUGGUUGGUUUCCUGCUAAGCUGGUGGAGCUGCUGGAUGAGCGUUCGAAGCGUUACACGCCUGCUGGUGAUGACACCGUCUACCCCAAUAUUGGUCAUCUUGUGCGCCAGGGUGGAGCUAUCCCGAGCUCGACAACUACAUCUUUUGGUAAUAACUUCGGUUUGUGGAUGGAAGUAGCCGACGUGUUUCUUUAUCCACAGAAGGCCUAUGUGUAG